AUGCCUGCGAUCAUGGACGAUGGCCUCAGGUGGCUGAACGAGGAUCUUGCCCUCAAGCAACGGGUUCUGAACUUGGAACACGAUUUGAGCAAUGGAUAUUUGCUCGGAGAGAUCCUUCACAUCCACAACCACCAGCCUAAUUUCGCUCUAUUUCAGGAACUGGAGACAUCAGAAGCGAAAGUGAAUAACUUCAUCCUCCUCGAACCUACACUUCGCCUCCUGGGCGUUCCAUUCGACGCGCAAGUGGCGUAUAACGUCAUGCAGGGAACUCCAGGAGCGAUCAGUGGCCUUCUCUACCAGAUGAAAAUGGUGCUGGACCGUUUGGCCAAGUUCUCCGUGCCCGUGUCAAUGCGGCCCACUACCAGCCCGGCGGGCGUUAAACCCCUGCCGAACCUGUCGCAGAGAACCACAAAGCCUCAGUACGACCGGGCGACACACAGCAUUUUCGCAGCUGCCGUCCGCGACAUGGUACAGAGCCAGAAAGGAAUUAACCUUGAAAGAUCGUUGCGGCGCUUUGAGGUGGAGGGUGCACGGCAAAAGAGGAUCGUGCAGGUCGAGAAAGAGAGGUCUUUGCUAGCGGAGGAGCUCCACACGGAGGCGAUUCGACUGCAAGGGAUCCAUGACUUAGCACAGAGAAAAGCUUUGUGCGACUCGUGGGAGGAGAACAACGUCGACGACUGGCUGAUCAACAUGGACCGCAAACGGAACCGGGAACUGCGCAUCCACCGCUUUCGACGUAGAAUCGUCAGGGCUCGUGUGUCACGAAUACAACAAGCCAAGAUGGCCGGCCAAAGAGCGGUUCAGUACGAUCUACCUGCUUUCGAAGCGCGUUCCCGAGAAGCUUCCCGCACAGCUAGCGGCAAUCAGGAGGAGCACGAGGCCACACCCUGGGCGUUUGCCGCGUCUACCCGGGGCUUCCUCGAAGCUAGAGCUUUGGAAAAAGGGUACGAAUGGCAAAUGGCCAAGUUCCACUCGAAAAGAUCUGAGGAGCGCAUCGGGGCGAGAGAGAAACGAAGGUGCGCAGCGAGCGGCAACCGGCGGAGGUUUAUCACGGAACGAGAGGAAUCUCAAUCGCACGAGCAUCUCCAGGCGGCAGCGGACGCGCUCAAGCAGAAGCUAAUGAAGAGGUGCCACGCGGAGGAGCUUGUCGAACGGCAGCUCGAGUCGGUCUUCAGGUACAAGGCGAUCAUGACCGAAAACCGAGAGUAUCGCAAGCAGCAAUACGCCGCGAGGGCAGACGUGGACGCAGAAGGCCUGCUCAAGCGCGAUCAGGCAAGUCUUGAUUCCUUCCGCAGCGAAUACGAGUUGGGGGUGAGAGCGCAAGGCGAGCGGUGUGAGGCCGCUGCAGUGACGACAGCGGCCGCAGCCGCGACGAGGAUCGAGAAAAUGUGCCGAGAGACUCUCGAGGGUCUGUUUGCGCUAUCGAUAGAAGUGGUGAGGUACAGGGCGUACAGCGAGCACCGGCGAGAGCCAGGUGCCUUGUCACCAGACCAGGAUCCGAUGCCUAGUCUUCAGUGGAAAGACAUGAAAUGCAGCUUCAUCAGGGGCGGUCCCCUGCUGCACAUGGGUACGACCGUCGCGGAGCCUGCGAAAGAGUGGGGGUGCACCUCUUUGCUGCCCCUCACAGAGGGAAGAAUCAAUGAGUUUUGCGCGCCAGGUCAAGACGACGAGACGAAAGAAACGGUGGCAUACUUUCUGGAUGGCUGCGAAUUUGAAGACUACAUCAACGAGACCGGUUGGUGGGGUAAACAUGGCACAAGUCCGGGGCCCAAAGAUUCCGCUCAGGCGGCAAGCGUCGCCGAUGUCACCCAAGCUGAUCUUGGAUCAAGCAAGUCCUCCAUGGAAGACGGCGAUGAUGCCAAAGUCGUCGAUCCCACGGGCUCGCUAGAGCCUUCCGCACCUUCAUCGAUUGCCGGCGGCGAGGAAAACGUCCUCAACACAGCGAACCCGCUCCACGGACUUGGAGAGUGCGUGAUCGAAACGGCACUGACGGCCAACCCGCUGCCGCCGCCUCGACCCCCUCCCGAGGUCCCUACGUUCAGCUUGCGCAUAUGUAUGUGUGGGAGAACCCUGACUGGGAAGAGCGAACAGGCCAUCCGAUUGGCUGACAGGUACUGCCUUAAGGUGUACGCGGCACUGCUUGUGGAGGCCAUCAGGGAGAUCGAGGAGGAAAAUCAAGCCAUGCAGGCCCAGGCAAGCGAGUCGACCGAGGUCGGAGGAGUCAUGCUAUCGGGCGAUGAUCGAGCAGAGUACAUGGGCUGGAUAAUUGACGAUUUUCCAGGCACGGCCGAACAGGCGGCCGUGCUCGAGAAGUACCUUUCCGGCUACGACGAAAGUGCUUACGUACCGUCAAGGCAAGACGCUGCUUCCAAGCUUGCGCCAGCUUCCCCUUCGUCGGAAGCUACGGAGGACAAGGGCACUCCCAUGUCCGGUAUCGACUUGGCGAUCUACAUCGACGCUCCACGGGACGUAAUCCUCAAGCGAAGCCUAGGCAGGCUGUUCGACCCGGUGACUGCCGAACCUUAUCACUUCGAGGGCACUCUACCGCAGUACGAUGUCGUCUGCAAAGAGAGGCUGGUGCACCCCGAGGACCCGGCUAACGCGUCAGCUGAGCUCUCUCUUCAAGUUGCAACACAGGAACAAACCUCCGAGGAGCUGAAGGCCUUCCUGGAGAAGUUUGGCACUCUAAGGAUAGUGGACAGCGGAGAAAGCACCCCCGACGCCCUGUUCGGAAAGUUGAACGCCGUGGUCGUGGCGAUGGUGCAGGAGGCUGGGGAACGCGAUACCAAGAGCGAAGGCGGUGAUCUGACAGGCGACUAUGCCGCUCUUCACCAUGGCGACGAGGGUGAGGAUGCCGGGGACAAGCGACACGACGACCACGACGGUCCCGACGGGGCCAGCGCGAGGGAAAAAUCCGUCACGGACGGCGUGGUCGACGGCGAGGGGACUCACGCGGAGCAACAGCCAAAGGAAGCCGCAAGCACCGACGAGGGUUCGAGCGCGCUUGGGAAUGGCGUUUCGGGCAGCACGCUUUCGAGCACUGUCGAAUCCGCGCGUAGCGCUCAGGAACAGGGCAAGGAGGUUGGGCUUCUGGCGGGUGGUUUGGCCGCGGCGCUAUCGGGGCACUGGCGGACAGCCGAGCUGCAGUUCGAGGGCACGGCGCGACGAGUGUUCCGUGAGCUUCGAAACCAGCGCUUGUCGAUCAAUGGUCACGUACGGUCCCUUCGGGACACUUUCUCGGCGUUCCUCCGGCGACCUGACGACAAGCAGAGCCACCUAGCCGAGUUCUGCAGCUCCUUCAACGCCCUCGAUCAGGACCUGAGAUUCGACGACCGAGCGCGCAAGGAGCUCUUGCUAAGGACAGAAGACUGCCGAUCGAAGCUUUGGUUUGACGUCGAGGAACGGAAAGAGCGCGCGGCAAAGGUUCUGGGCACCAUCCAAGGAGAUGGGUGGGUGGAGCGGCAGCAGGGGACGGUGUCGAACAACAUGAUCUUGCUCAUGCAGGCGGAGGUUGAGCGCUUCCACGCAGGCGUCUUGCUGCUGCACGACUAUUACCAAACCAAAGUGCAGGAGGUCACAAACGACAAUUCGGUGGUCUUGACACCACUGCUGCCACCGGAAGUUGAAGGGGCUCCGCUGAAGGAGACACCCGGCCCGAAAUCAUCCGGGAAGAAAGAUAAAGAUGGCAAGGGGGGGGGGAAGAAGGGCCAAGAGGGUAAGGGUGGUAAAGGAAACAAGGGCGAUCCGUCGGGGGACCCUUCCUUUGGAGCCCUCCGUACAACCCCCUGGCCGCCAAUUGAGGCGUUGGCUUCCCUGGUCGAUGUCAUCGCUGCUGGAGACAUGCCUCAGGUUGCGGUCGAGGCGGAGAAGACCGGCGGUGCUGCUGCACAAGGAAAGGGGAAGGCGGAAAAGGCCAAAAAGCCAGCAAGUAAAUCCGCCCGCAAGGCGGAUGUGGAGGUGGAGGAGGCAAAGACACCCCUCGAGGCCGCCCUGUCGGUGGUUAUGGCCUACGCUGAUGCCUGGGGGUCGGAGGGCUUUCCCGUUCCUGCCGAGGAUGAGGUCGCAUCUCAGGCUGGUGACGGUGCUGCUGGUUCUGCCACGAGUUCAGUGCAAGGGGCACCGCCACCCAAACCGUUGUUGCUCCACCGAGCAGUGUGGGCGCAGGCUGGGGUUCUGACCACAAGAUGCCAGCUGCUUUCUAGGGUGGGAGAAUCCCUUUCAGCGGAAAUCCGGAAGAAGGCUGACCUGGUAUAUGGGGAGUUGCAACGCUGCCUGGAUGAACGUGUGUCUGAGGAGCAACGAGCUGUGGAGGCCGCAAUGACAAUGGCGGAAGAAUGCAUUGACGAGCAGUCCGCCAUCGAGCACGAAUGGAAAAUACAGGGCGAAUCGUUUAGUGUGGAUGAGAGCUUCCGGUUGGUGCCAGUUCCAACCCCGAAUGUUUCGCGCCCCGAUGUCUCUGAGACCUUGGGGGUGUUUACCAAACUACAAGCGCUCCGUCUGCAAGAUGCUCUGGCUUCCAUCCAGCACGUGGGCACAGAAGGCCUUGACGAUGCCAUGGUCAUGCCUGAAGACGUGGUGGAAGUCUUGCUAAGACUGUCUGCGGAGGAAGGGGCGCUGCCGGAUUGCUGGGCCUGCGCGUCCAAGGCAGACUUUAUUCAGGUGGCAACAAGAUUCCUUGACCUAGAACAAAUCGGGCAGGUGGAGGUGGAAAAGGUCGUUUUGAGUAUCACGUCCAAGACCCCCGAGGAGCUCAUUAUCCUUGCUUAG